AUGUUCAUUCUGAACCUGGCUCUGGCCGAUCUUAUUGUCUGCAUAUUUUCCCUGCCAAUCACACCAAUCACUAGUAUCAAUAAGAAUUGGUACUUUGGUGAACAAAUGUGCCAUUCUUUGCCUUGGAUCCAGGGAGCCAGUGUUUUUGUUGCCGCCUUCAGUUUAACCCUGAUUGCAAUUGACCGAUAUUUUAUGGUUGUCACUCCGCAUAGGAAACGAAUGACUCCGGUGGCAGAGAAGCGUCAACCAUCAUUACCUCUCCUUAAUCACAUUGCUAUAAGGGUAAUUCUUCAUUUCCAGCAAGCUCGAUUCGUCAUGAUCUGCCUUUGGCUUAUGGCAGUUCUCAUCACAUUCCCAUAUUCUUGGUAUAUGGCACUUGUUGAAUACGAAGGCUUAUGUGGGAAAUUUUGCACGGAAGCAUGGCCUAAUGAAAGAAUUCGAAGGUAA